AUGUCUGCUAAGACCACCUCCACCAAGUUACCUGCUGGACUCUGGCUGCUUGUCUCUGGCAAGGAGACUCGGCCUCCAGCCUCUCAGGCUGAGGAACAAGCCAAGCUGCAUUUUGAAGAUUUUCAGGAUGACCCUAUUAAGAUCUGGAUCACCCUCGAGUCUACCCAUGUCCAGCAGCUCCCUGCCCCUCGUUUCAACACCUGGGAUGACUUCUUUACCAUCAGGAAGCGCCCUGAUGAGUCCUUGAGCACUCUCAUUGCCAGGAUUGAGGAGGGCAUGGCUAAGAUCCAGAAACUGCACCCCCAGGACUCUAGUAAGCCCUACAGUCUGUCUGACCUUGAUGCUGAGCUAGUGUCUAUGGCCAUGAUCUGUGCUCUGGGCAAAGACUAUGUCCAAUUUGCAUCUAGCCUGAUCCUCCUCAAGUCCUUGGACAAGAAGGAGCUCAAGGCCGCCUUCCUUGCUGAAGAAACCCACUGUAAGUGCGGUGCUAAUGCUAUCUGCGAUUUCUGUAAGAAGGCAGGCCAUUGCGUGCAUAAGUGCUUUGCCAUGCAGCGCGCCAGAGAGGUGCACAAGACUAGGCAGCCCUCCCCUGGAUCCAAUGCCUUGUCCAAUGUGUCCUCCAGUGUCCCUGCAUCUGCAAACAUGUCCUCCACUGUCCAGAAUCUCGAUGCUGACGUUGAUUGGAAUGCAGACACAGGGGCCACUUCUUAUAUGACCCCACAUCGCCACUAUAUUCGCAAUUACACCCUAAAAUGUAUGCCAAUUCAACUGGCAAACUCUACUAUUGUCUAUUCAGCUGGGGUGGAGUCAGUGGUCUUUAAUCCUGUGUCUGUGGGCCAGGUAAAGAGUCUUAGAGUGGUCGAGUUCACUUGA